AAAGCCAUAAGUCGUUGGUUACAGUCGUCCCCCCUGUAAUAUUCUUUCUACUAAUAAGUAAGAACAGUGUCUCAGAAGCUUAAAGCUUCAAACUUUUAGAAGCAUCUUAGACCUGAGUUGAGAAAGAGAUCAAAGGAUGUCGAUGUCAUUUUCAGCUGUCUCUGUACCCUUUAUGGAAUCCAAAGUUUCGAGGCCAAGCUAUCUCUGGUCCAGUGCUUACCAGUUCUCUUUAGGGGCUCCAGCAAACUACUUACAUUCUGAGUCACGUAGGCAAGUUCUGCUCCAUGGAGGCCCUGUACAUUUCUGCCGAAGAUUUUGUGGCUUAAAACAAUGGAUAGUUGAGAACCUACACCUACAAAAGCAGAAGCAAGAACUUGGAUCUACCAAUGAGUUUAGGAGUAUUAAAAAUCAACUCAAAGAUCACCUACAAGAAGAUUCAAAUGAUGAAACAACAAAAAUAACUUCGCAGGUCGAAGAAAGUUCUGUGCCAAGUUUCCAACCACAUGUUUCUGUUGAUGUGUCAACUACUUCUGCGGAAUCCCCUUCUAUGCCACAAACUCUUUCCUCCAAGUUUCCCUAUGAGUGUGGUGAAGGACCCACACUCUGCAUUGCAGUCAUAGGAGCAACUGGUGAGCUGGCGAGGGGAAAGAUUUUUCCUGCACUUUUUGCUCUCUAUUACAGUGGCUUUCUUCCUGAGAAUGUUUGUAUCUUUGGUUAUUCAAGAAAAGAUAUGACAGAUGAAGAUCUGAGAUCCAUGAUCGCUUCCAAUUUGACUUGUCGUGUCGAGCAUCAACAAAAUUGUGGAGACAGAACGGAUAUUUUCCUUAGGAGAACGUACUAUAUCAAUGGAGGUUAUGACAAUAGAGAAGGCAUGUCGAAACUCAAUGUACUUAUGAAGCAGUUUGAGGGAAAAUCUGAAGCAAACAGGAUAUUUUACCUCUCUGUGCCGCAAGAAGCACUUAUAAAUGUUGCAUGUUCUGUUGCUGAUAAUGCCCAAUCCCUGAAAGGCUGGAAUCGCGUGAUCAUUGAGAAACCUUUUGGCUUUGAUGGAUUAUCAUCUCAUCGGUUGACACAGUCUCUCCUUUCUAAGUUUCAGGAGAAACAGAUAUACAGGAUUGAUCAUCUUUUGGGACGGAACCUUAUUGAAAAUCUCACAGUUCUAAGGUUUGCUAAUCUAGUAUUUGAGCCACUAUGGAACCGUACAUAUAUACGAAAUGUACAGGUCAUUUUGUCAGAAGACUUGGGUGUCCAAGCAGGAAGGUACUUUGAUGGUUAUGGGAUCAUUCGUGACAUAGUACACAGUCAUAUACUUCAAACAAUAGCAUUGCUCGCCAUGGAACCACCAAUAAGUCUAGAUGGAGAAGAUAUCCGAAAUGAAAAGGCCAAGCUUCUGAGAUCAGUACAGAAAUUGGAACCUAGUGAUGUUAUUCUUGGCCAGUAUAAAGCCAGGGCUGGUGAUAAGGUUGAUGCAUAUAUGAACAGCCUGACCCCCACAUACUUUGCUGCUGCAUUGUAUAUUGACAAUGCACGCUGGGAUGGUGUGCCUUUCUUGAUCAAAACUGGCAUGGGUCUCAUCAAACACAGAGUGGAAAUACGCAUACAGUUUCAUCAUGUCCCCGGAAAUGUUUACCGUGAGCGUAUGGGGCAUAAUAUAGACCUUGCUACUAAUGAACUGAUUCUGCGUGAUACACCGGAUGAAGCCAUCCUAGUCCGGGUAAACAAUAAAAUUCCAGGAUUGGGGCUGCAGUUAGAUUCUCCAGAACUAAAUUUGCUUUACAAGGACAAGUACAAUGUGGAGGUGCCUGAUUCAUACGAGCAGCUUCUCCUCGAUGUUGUGGAUGGAGACAGUCAUCUAUUUUUGAGAAGCGAUGAGCUUGCAGCUGCAUGGAAUAUUCUAACUCCGGUUCUGAGUGAGAUAGACAAGAAGAAUAUAGCACCUGAGCUGUACGAGUUAGGGGGUAGAGGUCCAGUAGGCGCAUACUAUCUGUGGGCUAAACAUGGGGUUCCAUGGGCUGAGGACUAGAAAAGCCUUCAAAAGUUCUUCAUCAACACUAAAAUGAGUACUUUUCAAAAGAAAAACAGUAAAAUGAGUGAGUUCUAGAUUUAUUUCAUCAUGUAAUGAUUCAUUUCGAUGCGGUUCCUUGCAUUCAUAGCUUUGUGUUUCUGCCGACACAUUAUGUAAGAUUGAUAAUGCAGGUGUCUCCAUCAUUUUAUCAUAUUCAUAAGGACUGUUUACCAGA